CUGAUUGGUGUUGCUGGAGGGUGAGUAACUAUUGUAAGAUGCCUGGAGAGGGUGUUUUCACGGGGUGGCUUGGAGGUUGUCCAGAAAGCGAUGCAGCUAUAGAAGCAAUUAUUGGCAUGUUUCUCAUCUUUAAAUGUGUUGUUUGGGUCAUGCUCAAGUUAUUGUUGGGCGCGGUGGGUCAAGCUGCUAAUUUUGUCGGCAAUUUAGCGGUUAAACCAGCGGCUAAAAUAGCGGCCAAACACGCGGCACUGUUUCCUUUAAUAUUGAUGGCGAUGGAUGGCGCUAAACAAGUGUUCAAAUCAGUGGCUAACUUAGCGACCUUCAAGUUGCAAAUCUCUUGGUUAUGUGUGGACACAUGACUCGUUUAUUGAUAAUUUUAAAGCUUUGAAUUUGUUAAAAUAAUGUGAAGAACAGAGAUGCAUUGCAGCCCGCAAAUUUAAUUUUUAUUUUGCAAUAGAUGAUUCAUGCGUUAUUUUGUGACACAUUUACAAGACAAAUUUUGUGACAAAUCGUGUCCGGGUUGAGUUAGAUAAAUGUGUCGGUGCCGUGAAGGACCAAAUUGCAGCUGGUGAAAGUUGUGUAUCCCGUGCCAAGAGUUACAAUCAUAGUUGGUGAGACCAUGCAGCCGAAGCCUCAUUGUGUGUUGUGUGUUGUGAGUAGUUAUGGAGACAGAAAUAUUUUUGAAGUUUUUCAUUGUGUUUUUGUGGCCCAAUGAGUGAAGUUAUCAAAAUAUGGAAAUUAUAUUGUUCACAAUCAGUAGGGAGAUGGAAGACACUGAUGCUGCGGAAGAGUGCGCGUUGGAGAAGCCAACUGAAGCCAAACAACAGAGUUCGGACGUUGAUUCCAAAUUGACGGAUGACCUGAGCAGCGAAGAUUCGGACUCUGACCAGGACAUCUUUUUAGAGUUUGACAGCCCGAAGGAACAGACAAUGCCAGUUGGCAGCAGUGAAACAGAGGAUCAUCUUCCAGGAAGUGUGCCCGAGCUAUCAUAUGUUGCAGUUCGGCAAUCACUGCAAAUUCUUGUGGAGGACUGGCAGUUAGAGUUGGCGAAAUUGGCUGCAUGUGCAAGAGGCCCAGUGCCAAAGAGAAGGAGACCGAUCUUCAACUAAUAGACGGGGUGAUCAUUCUUGUAAAGUGUGUGGUUUGCUUUGUAAUGCAGGAAGAUUAUUUUCGAUCAUUUUUAUUGUAAAUUGUCGGCUAGUGGUGCCAAUCCUUUUGUAGUUGCAUGCUUUUGUCUUGGAUUUAUUUUUUUUCGAGUGGGUUUUUGGAGGUUGUGGUAUAUAAAACUGGAAUUGGUGGCUGUCAUUAAAUGAGAAUAGGGAAGUGAAUUUUGAAAAACAAUGUUUUAUUGAAUUCAAUGGUGGUACACUACCCGGGUUGCAUUCCGAUGAAAAGAGCUACAAAUAUUUAUAAAUUUAUAAGAAAGUGUGUGAUACAAUUGCCUAUAAGCCUUUACACAUGUGCAAAUCAGAAACAUCCCGUAUGGUAAUAAUUAGUUUCAUACCGAGAAAAAGAAAAUUUAUCAAAAAUUUUGAAACAGAAUGAGUGCACUAUUAUUUGAAGGGUGCACCUCGACAUGCGCCUCCCUUUGAGGUCAACUGCCUCUCAAAGUGUC